AAAAUACAGUACAACCCAGCCCAAACGGAAAGUAGACUCACUCAACGCCGAAGCCCAAAACAGCGAGGAAACCCCACGCCGCCGGCGGCCGCCCCCCGACGAUGCCCGGCGACGCCUCCUCAUCCGCUUCCAUGGCGGCGGAGGCGCUGGCGCAGGCCGAAUCCGAGCUCGCCGCCGGCCGCCCCCGCGCCGCGCAGAGGCACGCCCGGCGCGCCUUUCGUUUCGAUCCGGACUCCGCCGCCGCGUCCCUCCUCGUCGCCGCCACCUCCGUCCUCCUCGCCGACUCCGACUCCCCUCGCGCUACCCUCCUCCUCUCCGACGACCCCAGCUCCUCCCCCGACCGCGACUUCCCCGCCGUCCGCCGCCACUACAAGUCCCUCUGCAGAUCCCUCCGCCUCGACGCCGGCGCCUCCUCGUCCCCGGUCAUCUCUGCCGCGGCCGAGGAAGCGCUCCGCCGGGUGGACGACGCCUACGCCGCGCUCAAGGAGCAGUCGGAGGCGCCGGAUCCGCCGCCCACCUUCUGGACGGCCUGCGCCGGCUGCCGCCUGCUCCACGAGUUCGACCGCCAGUACGUGGGCUACCGCCUCACUUGCCCCUCCUGCCGUCGGACGUUCCUCGCCUCCGAGGUGCCGCCUCCGCCUCCGCCUCCGCCGCCGCCCAAGAAGACCAAGAAGCCGGAGAUGACGCUUGCCGAGAUGCAGCUGCAGCUCGUCAAAAGAAGAAAAGAUCACAAGGCCCCCCAGAGCUCAUCCAGUGAGUUCUCGGAGAACGAGUUGGAAGAGCUGGAAAUGAAGGAGGAGGAGGACCCGCAUAGCGAUCACUCGGGAGGAAAGAUGGCCGUCGAGGACUCGGACUUCUACAACUUCGACGCCGACCGCGGAGACAAGUGCUUCAAGAGAGGCCAGGUGUGGGCAUUGUACGGGGACGACGACGGCAUGCCGCGGCACUACGUGCUGGUGGAGGCAGCGUCGCCGGGCAGGCAGUUCAGCGCGCAGGUACGGUGGCUCGAGCUCCAGCCUGAUGCGGUGGAGGGGAAGCCCUGUCCCUGUGGGGAGUUCAAGGUUGGGCGAGCGGACACGGUGCACUCGGUGAACGUCUUCUCGCAUCUCGUCGCCAGCGAGAGGGUGGCGAGGGAGGCGUACCGGAUUUACCCCCGGAAGGGGUCGGUUUGGGCGUUCUACGGUGGAGAGGAUGCCGACACCAGUAGGCCCAAGUAUGAUUUCGUGGUGUUCCUCAGCGGGUACAGUGACCUGUAUGGCGUCAGCUAUGGUUACCUGGAGAAGGUGGAGGGUUUCAGAAGCAUCUUCACCCGCCGCGAUGUCGGUAGCCAUGCUGUUCAGUACCUCCGCAAGGGCGAUGUUGGGAUGCUUUCGCAUCAGAUACCGGCGAGGAAGGUCUCCAAGGGUUUAGACUCGGCGCUGCCUCCUGGGGACUGCUGGGAGCUUGACCCUGCAUCCUUGCCUCCUGAACUGCUGCGCCUCGAGCAGUAGAAGUGACUCUGGAGUGGUAAUGUUGACAGUUCCAUUAGGGGUGUUCAUAUACCUUGUAGUUUAGAAAUAGGGGAAGAAGGUCAUCUGGUUUGCUGUCAAUGAUGUGAUGGUACUUCUCUUCUACAAACUGUAUGGUUCUUCGAGUUGAGAUUUAGCCAUCUUGGAUAUUUGAUACUUGUAGUGGUUCCAAUGUUGAGUGUUUUACUACUACCCACACCAUUGAAUUGUGUUAGAUGGAUGAUAUGUAUUUGAUGGUGGAGACUAACUGUUCUGUUAUAUGAAUCAUGAACUUCAGGAAAUUA